AUGCUAAUCAACAAAGAAACCAUUCCGUACAGGAUGGGCCUGCAGCCCUUCUACUACUACCAGUCGUCGCCGCCGGUGAAAAAUGAACGUCUAGGUGGUUACCACCCGAUCACGCCGCCCUACCACCACCCGUACGAUUUUGUCCUCCCGAUGCAGUCGCCCGCCAACUCGGCGGCCGCGGCAGCAGUGGCGGCGGUAGCGGCCGCCGCUGGUCUCCCCGUACCGAGCGGAGGCUCCCCCCGCUCUCCCACGUCCAGCUCCGGAGCGUCGUCCUCGUCCGGAUCGCCACUCUACUUCUACAUGAACGACCGUGCCACGGCCCGUUCCGACGGAACCGAAGAUAUCAGCUCGGUGCCGCUGUCACCGCCACACACUCCACCACUCCGGGAACACGCACCGCUAAUGGUCACCGGCAAGUACGGAGCGCUAUCGAAUAUAUCCGGCACCGAUCCGGCGCUCACUUCCGGGGCCGCGGCUGGAACGCGCAACUCCGUCAUCAUGAAGGUGCAGAACCAGCAGGUGGUUCCGAUACAGCGCGACACCGACACCAGCUCACCAUCAGAGCCGGAAACGGUGGAAGAGUUCAUCUGCCGCUGGGAAAAUUGCUACUGUGUGUUCUUCAAGCUGGAAGAUCUAGCAAGUCACGUCACGCAGAAGCACGCCGUCAUCGGGCUGGACGGGCUAUACUACUGUCGCUGGGAGCGCUGCCUGCGUCAGGAUCGUGGCUUUAACGCGCGCUACAAAAUGCUGGUGCACGUGCGCACACACACCAAGGAGAAGCCCCACCAGUGUGGCAAGUGUGGCAAGUGUUUUUCGCGCGCCGAAAACCUGAAGAUCCACUUGCGCUCCCACUCGGGCGAAAAGCCGUACGUCUGCCCGGUCGAGGGAUGCAAUAAAGCCUACUCGAACUCGUCGGAUCGCUUCAAGCACACCCGGACACACGCGAACGACAAGCCGUACGUGUGCAAGGUGGCCGGAUGCAACAAGCGCUACACCGACCCGUCCUCACUCCGGAAGCACGUGAAAACGUUCAAACACCCGAACCAAUCGUCGCAGAACCCGCUGGCGGACGCGUACUGCAUGGAGUACGAGAGCUACUCGCAGGACAGCACCCGGUCGGACGCGACCGGUUCGAACCCGAGCAUCGCCUCGCCGCUGCCGUCGGCCGAUUUCGACCCGGAGGACAUCGGCGAGCUGAUCGAUGUGGUCAACCUCGACGGGCGGUGCGACGAAGCGAUGAUAUACGGCGAGUACGAACGCUUCCACCGUCUCGGGGAGUCGUGCGGCCAUCCGGCCUGUGGCGGAAAUGAACGCCUGCUGCUGGCCAGCGACGAGCUGGUCGAUCCGACAGAGACGGACGAGAUGCACGACGCCAGCCAGCUCGAGGGCGAGGGUGACGACGAUGACGAUGAGCAUGGUACGACGGCCGUGUACGCAACCACCGCCGAGGCAUGGGCCGUUCCUGCGGUCCUCAACAAAAUCCCACCAGAUAGUGACGCCCCGGAGGAAGGUGAACCCCGCGGCGUCAACGUUGGUGCUGGUGGCGAUGGCGGCGGCGCCCCCACCAGCGCCAAAUCGAUCGAAGACGACGAGCUGUGCAGAGCCGUACGGAGGCUGAACGGCAAGCCGAAGGCUCAGGUGCUCAAGAUGGACGUCGACGGUCCGCUCGAUCUCAGUAUACAUCACCGUUGA